AUGAAUAAAAGAAAAUUUGAGGAAGAAAGGAAAAACAUGCAAAACAAUGAAAAUUCUGCAAAAGAAACAACCGAGAUUAAACGAAUUUUAUCACGUUUUAAAUCAGAUAAGGGUGAAACAUUACCAGGAGGUUUAUUAGAUUUACCUAUAAAUAUUACUGUUGAUAAAUUACAAAUAAUAUGUAAUGCACUUCUACAAAAUGAAGAACCAAUACCCAUUGCUUUUUAUAUAAAUAAUGUUGAAAUCACAAAUAAUUUGGAAAAUAGUAUUAAAGAAACUUAUAGUAUUAGUGAAGAUAUAAUUGAAAUUAUAUAUCAACCACAAGCAAUUUUUAAAGUUAAAGCUAUUACACGAUGUACUGGAUCAUUGGAAGGUCAUAAGGAGGCUGUAAUAACAGCUGCAUUUUCUCCAAAUGGAACAUAUUUAGCUAGUGGUUCUGGAGAUACAACAGUUAGAUUUUGGGAUAUAUAUACACAAACUCCAUAUUAUACAUGUGAAGGUCAUAAACAUUGGGUAUUAUGUAUAUCAUGGUCACCAUGUGAAACUAAGCUUGCAUCUGCAUGUAAAAAUGGUACAAUUUUAUUAUGGAAUCCAGAAACAGGGAAACAGAUAGGAAGAGCAAUGUUAGGACACAAAAUGUGGAUCACUUCUUUAUCUUGGGAGCCAUAUCACAAAAAUCCAGAAUGUCAGUAUAUAGUUAGUGCAUCAAAGGAUUGCGAUUUAAGGAUAUGGGAUACAAUACGUUCACAAACUGUUCGUACUCUUUCUGGUCACACAAGAAGUGUAACAUGUGUUAAGUGGGGUGGAAAUAACCUUAUUUAUUCUGGUUCACAAGAUAGAACUAUUAAAGUGUGGAGAGCAGAAGAUGGAAUUUUAUGCAGAACUUUAGAAGGCCAUGCACAUUGGGUAAAUACAUUAGCAUUGAAUGUGGACUAUGUACUUAGGAUUGGCCCUUUUCAUUUUGGAAAGAAUGAAAAAAAAUCUGAAAAUCCUGUAAUAUAUGCAAAAAAGUGCUAUAAAUCUAUAGGUGAAGAAGUACUUGUUUCUGGGUCUGAUGAUUUUACAUUAUAUCUCUGGAAACCAGAAAAAGAAAAGAAAUUUAUUGCAAGAAUGACAGGACACCAACACCUGGUUAAUGAUGUUAAAUUCUCACCGGAUGGUCGCAUAAUUGCAUCUGCUUCAUUUGACAAAUCUAUAAAACUAUGGGAAUCAAGUACAGGAAGGUAUAUAACUUCAUUAAGAGGUCAUGUACAAGCUGUAUACUCAGUAUCGUGGAGUGCAGAUUCCCGUUUACUUGUUAGUGGUAGUGCAGAUUCUACUUUAAAAGUAUGGAGUUUAAAAACAAAGAAACUUUACCUGGAUUUACCUGGCCAUGCAGAUGAAAUUUAUGCAGUAGAUUGGUCUCCAAAUGGAUUGCAUGUUGUGUCAGGUGGAAAAGAUAAAGUUUUACGACUAUGGCAGAAUUGA